GAAGAGAGAGAGAGAGAGAGAGAAAGAGAGCGGCGGCGAAACGGGGAACGUGCGCGAGAUAGAGCGAGUCCGAGGAGGAAGAUGACGGAGGAGAGGAGAGUGUUGAAGGGGAGGCGAGUAAGAGUUGUUGCAGAACAGCCAUUGGAAAUGCAAAUUUUCGGGGCGAUAUGCAGGUACGUGGGCGAGACCGAGCUGAGGACGUUGCGGCCCCAGGUAAACUCGACCGAGAUAGAUAAUCCGCGCACUUGGGCAACCUACAGUGUUUGCGAGAUUCUGGCUGAGCGAUCACGUUACGGCCAGCCGAUCAGAUGCGUCGCCAUCCAUCCGGCGUACGCCAAUCCCACCAUGUCGUCUAGCAUCGAAGUGAGAUUCGACGUGCGAUACGCACCGGAGACAAGAUUAGUCGGCGUCCCUACUGGCCAGCUCGAGGAGGGUCGCGAUCAGCUGGAAAUCCGAUGUCUCGCCGACGCUAAUCCGCCGGCUUCGAUCCUCUGGAGGAAAACGAAGAGUCCUGGCGUGACGGAAGUAGCCAGUAUCGGAGAGACCCUGAUGUUCUCUCCAAUUUACAGAAAUCACGCCGCCGUUUACCUCUGCGAAGCGUCGAACAUGGAGGGCGAGAGCAGUCCAGUCUCGGUACAAGUGUCCGUAAACUAUCCACCGACGAUCAGCGCGGUCGGACCAGACCGAUUAACAACUGCAUUAUUAUAUUCCGGAGCAUCGUUCGAAUGUCAUGCUGAUGCGAUGCCACCGGCCGAAUACAGAUGGGCACAGAUAUUCACGGACGGCCGCAUGCCGUUGGAAUGCGGGACGGGGCAGCGAUUGAUCCUGACGAACGUGACGUAUGAGCAACAGGGUCAAUACAUAUGUCUCGCCUCCAACAAGAUCAAUGGCAACGUCAGGGAAGUUAAAAGCGACCCUGUCUCUCUGCAAGUGGUCGGCGCUCCACGGGUGGUGAAGCCGGCCAUCACAGAGAAGUUUGUCGUCGUGACGACGGAGGGUAGCCCGGCCAGAUUAGAGAUCAGACUGUGCUCCGACCCGAAGCCGCGACUCGUGGCCUGGGAAUGGGGCAGCACCAGACUGCACGCCGGUGAAGUUCUGGAACCGCGCUAUCGCGCGCUCGAUCUGGAGCCACUGGCUUCGGAGGACUGUUACAUAGCGAUCUUGGAGUUGACAAGUACAGUGAAAGAAGAUCAAAGGCUGUAUCAUGUUAUCGUGGAGAACGAUCGUGGCAGUGACAGACGAGCGCUCAUGCUGAAAGUCGAUGAGCCCGGCCAGAUCCCGCUCGUUAUCGGCGCGGUGGCCGGAUUCACGGUGCUCUCGGUACUGAUAAUGGGAUUCGUUUGUUUCCUACGUUCGGAUAGAUGCUGCGUAGCCAGAAACACGGUACCGGCGCUGCAGCAAGUGCAUUGUACAAAGGCUUCCAACGCUAUGAUAGAGGAUCCACGCUUGGCAGUGGAUACGAUGGAUCGUACGAGUCAGCAGUUCGUUCCGGAGAAGCGAGCCAAUCACGUUUUGAAACCCGUCCCAUCGCAGCAAUACCAGCAGGAGUGUUAUCAGCACGACCCGCAACACCAACAGCAACAUUAUCAGAGGCAUCAUCAUCAUGGGCAGCCUCACGGACAGUAUACGUUGCAGUCUCGAUCUUGCCUGCCAUGUUGGAUUUACUAUCGAACUGUAGCCUGGACCAUUUGGCACCUGUGUUGUCAGGGAUGUAGAACGACCUUACAACUUUACGUCCUUGCGUGCCACGUUUCGGACGAGGACCCUAGAAUUGCACAGAUUGCACCCAUGCUAGUUUCUAUCCCUGACUGCCAAAUAAUAACCCGUAGAAUAUUAUGGUAGCAAUUCGUGCCCGUUCGUGCACUAUACGCGUAUGCAUUCGUAUCAAGUCCGCAUUAGACUUCUGCAGCUCUGAAUAUCGAAUCAUAUUCGAAACAAUACGUUCAUAUUCGUAUAAAAUACUUCGUUAUUUUUUUUCCACGGGAGAGAUUUAUAUCAAAUUAAUUCACUUUGAUAUACACAUAACCGAUUAAACGUGCGUUUUUUGUGAAAUUUUGUUAAACGAGAGAGAGAG